CGCCGUCCCCCGCGAAGCCCCCAACAUGGCGGCGGGGAGUGUGUGGGGAAGGGGGGGGCGGCGGCGGCGCCUCCGCCUCCUCCUGCAGGCCCGGUGCUGGCCGCCCCGCCGGGGAACAAAGGCGGCGGGAGCGGCCCGGGCAGCGCUGGGGCAGAGGCUGAGCCGCGGCCGAUGAUCUCAGGGGCUAAAUAUGGAGCUUCGCCUCGGCUGGGCUGGGUGGCUCCUCGGGGCAGCGCCGGGCACACGAGCAGGGGGGGACCUCUGGAUCCGGUCACUGCUGCUGCUGCCUUGUUCUAAGUUCUGUGUUGCAGUAAGUCCGGUGUCACCGGCUGCGCUGCGCCGGGCACCGCAGGGUGUGAGCGCUCUGCGCCCUGUCACAGCUGUGCUCGUCCCUGGGCAUGCCGGUCAGGCCGAGGGACACAAUGGUUACAAAUUUGGCACCUCGCAGUUCUUCAGUAGGAGCCGCUGGCUGCGUGGAUGAUCAUAUCUGUCUGUCCUGGGGGUUCUUUUUUGUUUUUUCUCUUCAUGGAUUACAUAUUAAAAAUAAAAUGGCUUUAAUAAAGAAAAGAGGAACUGGGGAUGGAAAGAGCUUCUUUGUUCUGUCUUCUCCAGAACGUUACAAGUCUAAGAGCUCAGGACAAGAGCAGCAGAAAUACAUGCAACAUGGUGACUGGAACCCUGAGGACCUUGCAAUAUGAAUAAUUCUCUGGAGAACACCAUUUCUUUUGAAGAAUAUAUCCGUGUGAAGGCACGAACAAUCCCCCAGCACAGGAUGAAGGAGUUCCUGGACUCCCUUGCUUCCAAGGGCCCGGAAGCUCUGCAGGAGUUCCAGCAGACAGCCACCACCACCAUGGUGUAUCAGCAGGGUGGCAACUGCAUUUACACGGACAGCACAGAGGUGGCUGGGUCUUUGCUUGAACUUGCUUGUCCUGUGACAACCAGUGUCCAGCAGCAAACUCAGCCAGAGCAGCAGAUACAGGUUCAGCAACCCCAGCAAGUCCAGGUUCAGGUCCAGGUCCAGCAGUCACCACAGCAGGUCUCAGCUCAGCAGCUCUCUCCCCAGCUAACUGUCCAUCAGGCUUCAGAGCAGCCAAUACAGGUGCAAGUGCAGAUCCAAGGCCAGGCGCAGCAGCAGGCAUCCCAGACAAUACAGAAUCAGUCUCUUCAGAGCCCCAGCCCAUCUCAGCUGCAAGCAGCUCAAAUCCAAGUGCAGCAUGUGCAGACUGCCCAGCAGAUCCAGGCUGCGGAGAUACAGGAGGAACACAUACAACACCAGCAGAUCCAGGCCCAGCUCGUGGCAGGACAGGCCAUUACUGGUGGUCAGCAGAUACAGAUCCAGACAGUUGGGGCACUGUCACCUCCACCUUCCCAGCAGGGCUCUCCACGAGAGGGAGAGCGGAGGAUCAGCACUGCCAGUGUCCUUCAGCCCGUGAAGAAGCGUAAGGUGGAUAUGCCUAUCACUGUAUCAUAUGCUAUUUCAGGGCAGCCAGUUGCCACAGUGCUGGCCAUUCCUCAGGGCCAGCAGCAAAGCUAUGUCUCUUUAAGGCCAGACUUGUUAACAGUGGACAGUGCCCACCUGUACAGUGCCACUGGGACCAUUACUAGCCCCACUGGAGAGACUUGGACCAUCCCUGUUUACUCAGCUCAGCCACGUGGUGACCUUCAGCAGCAAAACAUAACCCACAUUGCCAUCCCUCAGGAGGCCUACAACGCCGUCCAUGUCAGCGGCUCUCCAACGACACUGGCUACUGUGAAGCUGGAAGAUGACAAGGACAAGAUGGUGGGAAGUACUUCAGUAGUGAAGAACUCUCAUGAGGAGGUGGUGCAGACUCUUGCUAAUUCGCUCUUUCCAGCGCAGUUUAUGAAUGGCAACAUCCACAUUCCAGUGGCAGUGCAGGCUGUGGCAGGGACAUACCAGAACACAGCGCAGACAGUGCACAUAUGGGACCCGCAGCAGCAACAGCAGCAGCCCACGCCCCAGGAGCAGGGGCAGCAGCAGCAACAGCUACAAGUCACUUGCUCGGCUCAAACUGUUCAAGUUGCUGAAGUUGAACCACAACCUCAGCCACAGACUUCACCUGAACUUCUACUUCCAAACUCUCUGAAGCCAGAAGAAGGGCUUGAAGUGUGGAAAAGCUGGGCACAGACCAAGAAUGCAGAGCUGGAAAAAGAAGCGCAAAAUAGGCUAGCACCUAUUGGAAGGCGCCAGCUGCUGAGGUUCCAGGAGGAUCUCAUCUCCUCAGCUGUGGCUGAGCUCAAUUAUGGGCUAUGCUUAAUGACACGAGAAGCUCGAAAUGGUGAUGGUGAACCCUAUGAUCCAGAUGUACUCUACUACAUCUUCCUGUGCAUUCAGAAGUAUCUCUUUGAAAAUGGCCGAGUAGAUGACAUCUUUUCAGAUCUCUACUACAUUCGAUUCACUGAAUGGCUGCAUGAAGUUCUGAAGGAUGUCCAGCCCCGUGUGUCCCCUCUUGGUUAUGUACUCUCCAGUCAUGUAACAGAAGAGAUGCUGUGGGAGUGUAAGCAGCUGGGAGCUCACUCCCCUUCCACCUUGCUCACUACACUGAUGUUUUUUAAUACAAAAUACUUCCUGUUGAAAACAGUAGACCAGCACAUGAAGCUGGCCUUCUCCAAGGUGUUGAGGCAGACCAAGAAGAACCCUUCUAAUCCCAAGGAUAAAAGCACGAGUAUCCGCUAUCUGAAGGCUCCUGGCAUACACCAGACAGGACAGAAAGUUACAGAUGACAUGUAUGCAGAGCAGACUGAGAAUCCAGAGAACCCCCUGAGGUGUCCCAUAAAGCUGUAUGACUUCUACCUCUUCAAAUGCCCCCAGAGUGUGAAAGGCCGGAAUGACACGUUUUACUUGACACCGGAGCCAGUGGUGGCCCCCAACAGCCCGAUCUGGUAUUCCAUCCAGCCCAUCAGCAGAGAGCAGAUGGAGCAGAUGCUCACCCGGAUCCUGGUGAUACGAGAGAUUCAGGAAGCUAUUGCCGUGGCUAAUGCCAGCACCAUGCACUAAGGCAUCAUGAACCCACAUGAUUGGCCUGGCUGGCUGGGGCCUCUGUCUCCUUGGAGCACGUGCAGCCUAGAGGGCACAGAAUGCUGGAUGGACCUGCUCAGCCAGUGGAGGAGAGGCAGGCAUCUUCUUUUCUUGUGCUUGGAUGUUAAUUUGCUGUUAUCUUGGAAGAGGAGAGAGUGAACUGCAGUUGUGAUUUAUACAAAAACAAAAGCAAACCAACGAUUUCUAUUCAGACCUUUAAGUGACAUUUUUAGAUGUUAAAAGUACAAACUUUACCACACUUUUGUUUUGGAUUUUUUUUUUUUUUUUGGCCUAACGUUGAGGCCUUAAACCUCGAGGCUCCUGUGCCUGAUGGAAUUCUUGUAACAUACACUUGUGUAUCAUAUAAAGAUACCACCCUGUUUCUCUUAUGUAUUCUUACUCUAGUUGUUUAUUAAGAAUGACGAGCACGUCUUUUCAACA